UCAGCUGUUUGUACUUUCCUUUUAAAAAAAAAAAAAAGUGUGUCAAGUCAAGGAGGAAAUCCUCGGUAUAAAAAGCCAGUAGGCCACAGUGUCAGCUGCACGUGUGGAGCGACGAGGCGACAACAACAUGAGUGGAGCGGCCAACACUGACACCAGCAUGCAAGCAAAGAUAUUUAUUCUGGAGAGGCAACGACAAGAGCUACUGACUAUUAACGAGAGAUGGGCUAAGGAGUACAGAACCAUGGUGGCGCACUACCAACAGAAGCUUCUCAGCCUCCAAACGUCACUACAAGACGGCAACAACGUUGGGACAAAAACCUGUGAGGCGGUCAAAGAGAAAGAAAAUAGUCAGGCCACCAACAGCGACGUACACGCUGAGCUGCUCAACGCUGUGACCAAAGCUAAUGAGCUACAGAUGCAGAACAGCGCGCUGACCAGAAGAGGGCAGCACCAGCGGGAGGAGAUCCACCGACUCAACAAGGCUUUGGAGGAGAGGCUUCAGCCAGCACGUCCCUUUGAGGACAGCAAUGGACCCCCACUGGACGUCUGGAAACACCAGGCAGAGGUUUUUAAGGAGGACUUUUUGAAGGAGCGAGGGGACAGGGAGAAGCUCCAGCACAAGUACGUGGAACUGGAGAAGAAGUUGACGAAAGCCCACGACGAGCUCCACCAUCUAAAAUCCCAGGCCACUUGGACCCGCCUCCUGCGGCCCGUCGUGGACUGCGCCUGCAAGCACGCCGAGCAGCGCCAAACCCGUACACAAAAGCGACAGCACCCGUGAUAGAAGACGUCCAUGUUGGAUAUCAUCCUCCCGAGUGUCUUUUUAAGGGGUUCUCUGUGAGAAUUCCUCAGGGAUCUCAAGUGUCCUUUCUCAAACUGCACUUUUUCGCUCCUGUCAACCCUCCCAUCCUGAUAGUUUCCUCGAAAUGACACUACUGCAGGUGACAAUAGUGACGAUAUCCACGCUUUGGCAACGGCAAGCCGAGAGAACGAUGAUGCAGCGCAUCGGCAGCGGGCAGUCGGGUCUUUCCACCUCCCUCGACCACAUACUUUUUCUGUUUUUAAAAAAAAAAAAUCGUUUUUUUUAAAUUGUAUUUUCCAUUUUUUUCCCCAUAAUUUCCCAUGUUUUCACAUGCAAAUGUUGCCAGGUGUGAUUAUAUUUUACAGCAGCUUUCCAGCACUUUUUGAUUGUGCAAGCUAAUGUGUGUGAAUUUUAAACAGUCCAAGACAGUUUGCCAAGGCUUUGGUGGACUUUAUUGGCACAGUCGGAGCAGCAAUGUCAUCAUUUUCCUUCAUCAGUUGAUAAUUGAGCACUUGAGCACAUUAAAGUGAGCGUCUUGUACAUUGUGCCUUCUGUUGCAGCUUUGUGAGACGCUAUAAAUAGCAU